AUGACAACACCAGUGACACCAAUAGACCAUGCAGUUAUGGUAACAGAAAAACAAAUGUCGUUUCAAUAUGCCAAUGAAUGUGAUUUAGAAUUACAUUGUUCACCAUUUGGAUUAAGUGGAUUAUAUAUCAAGAUUAAUGGAACAAAUAUUAUGGGAAUAGGUUCUACUAUGGGAUUAAUUACUGGUUCCACUAAAGGAUUAAUUCAUUAUAAUGAUUCAAAUGAUUUAAUUGAUCAAAAAUAUAAACUAUAUGUAGUAGUUGAUAAAGAAGGGAUGUUGAGGAUAGAUUUCACUAAAAUAUUUGGUAUUAAGAAUGGAGAAGAUGAUGAUGGAGAUAAUCCUGACAGUGGGCAUGGUGAUAUUGGUAAUGGUAAACAAGAUACCGAUAAAGCGGUUGGUGGUUCAAUAGAAGAUGAAAAAUAUAAAGAAGAAGAAGUACCUACAUUAAUAUUUCAAGGCAAAUGUCCAGAAGGAAGACCGGAUGAUAUCGAACCAUUUAUUGGAAUAUUCCUGUUUGAAAGAGAAACCUGA